UUGUUUAAAGAAUGCGUCAACAACGAGUAAUAAUACGGAUUUGAAUGAAGAGUCUUUUACUAGAACAAGCGUAUAUCAAAUUUACGAAUCGGUGCAGGUUAAAAACUAUUUUAAUAAUGAUGCAUGUUUAAAAUAUGCGUAAUUAUUUACUGCAUGAGCUAGUUUAAUAAAGACAAACUUUGAAACACGAGUGGCAUAAUAAAGUGAAUUUUGAUUAAAUAUUUCUAGCAUAUUGCGAAUUGUUUUAUUUGAUAACAAAUGUGAAAACAGUGAUGUCGGACAGUGAAGGACAUAACAAUGAAGGUUUCGUCGCUGAUGAAAGACUACGGUCUCAUCCUGAGACACCAAUGUCUCCAGCGGCGUUUGUCUAUCCCGAAACACCAAUCUUAAGACAACCACCUGUUGCUGUUUUACAAACAAGAUCUGAGCAAAGUGUUGCCGGUGUUCGCAGGCCAAUACCAGUGUCUACGAUAUCAUGGCGAUCGACACAGGCGGGACAAGCAAAUCCGCUUUCAGGAUUAGACUUUCUGCAUGGGGUUGACCAAGUACAUAUACAACAAACUGUUGAAUUACAUGAUAUGAUGUCUAAAGUAGAAUCGGAGAAUCGGUAUACUGUGAAAAUACCUUUGGGCGAAACAUUAUACGUGGCUUGCGAAACCUCGAAAUCAUCUCACAGGAUGUUGUGGGGAUCGGGUCGCCCUUUCUCGAUGAGGUUGUUGGAUCAGUCACAACAGGAAGCUUUUUCGUUCCAACGAAGACUUGCAUGCAAUAUGCUUUGUUGUGGUUUCAGAUCAGAGGAACUUGAAGUUUGGGCACCCCCUGGCGAUUAUUUAGGAAGUAUCACUCGGGAAUUUACAAUGUUUGAACCUUUGUUCCGCAUUUGCGACGCAUCAGGAGACGUCUUAUUCUGGAUCGUAGGCCCAAAUAUGGGAAUAUUUUGUACCAAACACAGUGAUGCCGAAUUUAGUAUUUUGUCGGCAGAUCGUACUACACCACGGGGCAGCAUUCGGCACAUGUGGGAUCAUCAUGUCACUAGUUAUAAUUUGAUAACUUUUUUCCCAUCGCAAUAUACAGAUUGUCGAACCAAGGCACUUAUACUAGGCGCUGCAUUUCUUUUGGAAUAUAUUUAUUUUGAAAAAUCAAAAACUAAGCCUUAUUAA